AUGUCUUCAGCAAUACCUUCUGUGGUUCCAGACGAUAUAGAAAGACAACAGAUUGAGAAAGAGAUUGUUCCGGACAAGGUCUCUGCAUUCAAAGGUCUAGGAUGGCUGGAUCGCUUCUUGGCAAUAUGGAUUCUCCUAGCCAUGGCAAUAGGAAUUUUAUUAGGAAAUUUCGUUCCUAGCACAGGUCCAGCUCUUGAAAAGGGACAAUUCGUUGGCGUAUCAGCACCAAUCGCCGUCGGCCUGUUAGUCAUGAUGUAUCCGAUCCUGUGCAAAGUCCAGUACGAGACAUUACAUCUCGCAUUCAAGACUAAGCAGCUCUGGAUACAAGUUGGAUUCAGCAUCAUUGUAAACUGGAUCGUCGCUCCUUUCUUGAUGUUAGGAUUAUCAUGGGCAUUUCUUCCGGAUGAGGGUGGUCUUCGCGAAGGACUGAUCCUAGUAGGCGUGGCUCGUUGCAUCGCCAUGGUACUUAUCUGGACUGGUCUAGCAGGUGGAGACUCUCAGUACUGCGCUAUCCUGGUUGCCAUCAACUCGAUCCUCCAGAUGGUCUUGUUUGCACCGAUUUCUGUGUUAUUCAUCAAAGUCAUCAGCGACCCCGACUCGAGAAUCACGCCUUCAUAUUCAACAGUAGCCACCAGUGUUGCUGCCUUCCUCGGCAUCCCACUAGCCGCAGCCAUUGUCACUCGGCUCGCCAUCCGCAGGAUUUCGCCGACUUGGUACGACCAGACAUUCAUCAAAUGGAUAGCACCAUGGUCGUUGAUUGGCCUGCUCUACACUAUCAUCGUCUUGUUCGCAUCACAAGGCCAUCGUGUAGUCCACCAAAUCGUCUCGGUCGUGCGAGUCGCAGCACCUUUGAUCGUGUACUUCUUCGUUAUCUUCAGUCUCACCCUUUGGGUCACACAUAAACUUGGAUUCGGGUACAAGUUGGCGACGACACAGAGUUUUACGGCUGCGAGUAACAAUUUCGAAUUGGCGAUUGCUGUUGCGACGGCCACGUAUGGGGCCAAUAGUGACCAAGCGCUCGCGGCGACCGUAGGUCCUCUGAUCGAGGUGCCGGUGUUGCUAGGUUUAGUGUACGUGGUCAGGUGGAUAGGGAACAAGAGGCAAUGGAAAGCAUAG